AUGGCGGACGAAACCAUCAAGAAAUCCCGGGAAUCUCUGGACAAGAAGCCCAACGGACACACUGAACAUGUCGAGAUCGAAGCUCCAUCCAAAGUAACGCACUCACGCGGCGAGUUGAGCGAAGAAGAGCUCUUGAAUCUUCGCCAAAGAUACCCUCUUCUUGCAAAUGCAUCUCCGGAGAAGCUUGAUGCCUUGAACAAAGCUCGCUUCCUCACUGUAAUCACCCUCAUGUUGCUCAUGAAUUACCUCGAUAGGAUCAACGUCUCCAACGCUAGAAUCGCCGGAAUGCAGGAAGACAUGCACAUGAGUGAUGUCGAAUGGUCAGCUGGCAUCUCCCUCUUCUACGUCGGAUACAUCAUCUCCCAGGUCCCCGCCAACGUCAUCAUCGCAAAAGGACGACCAAGAAUCAUCCUUCCCUGCGUCAUGCUAGCAUGGUCUGCAGUCACCAUCUGCAUGCCAGCUGCCAAGUCUCCGUGGGCUUUCAUGCUCUGCCGAUUUCUAGUAGGACUCACAGAAGGGCCGUUCCUCCCGGGCGUCGCGCUGCUAUCGUCGUCAUGGUAUGUGAAAUCCGAAACGUCUUUGAGGAUGGGUAUCUGGCAUGCGGGAAACAUUGUAUCCAACGCUUUCUCUGGCUUGCUCUCCGCUGCGAUUCUGACAAACAUGGACAAUCUUGCCGGGAUGCACUCCUGGCAAUGGUUCCUUCUCUUAGAAGGCAUUGUCAGCAUUCUCGUUGCUUUUGUUGGCUUCUGGGCGCUGCCAAACUUCCCAGACAACACAGGCGGCGGGUAUUUUACUGACGAAGAAACACAAAUGGCCCAAUACCGGCAGCUUGUUGACGCGGGGGGAAUCUCCGAGGACGAUGAAGGAGACUAUUGGGGAGGCUUCUUCCAGGCUUGCAAAGACCCCUUUACUUGGUUAUUUGCAGGAAUGCAUUUUGCCAUCAUCAUCGCUCAAUCAUUCAAAGACUUCUUCCCUUCUAUUGUGAACACACUCGGGUUCAACAAAACUCUCACGUAUCUCAUCCAAGCACCGCCAUACAUUGUGGCUUAUUUUGUCACCUUGCUAGUGUCAUGGUCGGCCGACAGACAUCUGGAACAUUGCUGGCACAUUGUUGGCUCCAUGCUAGCUUGCCUGGUUGGGGCUGUCAUCAUGAUUUCUACGCUCAACGUCCCGGCACGGUACUUCUCCAUGUUCCUGCUCUGCACUGGGCCUUUCAUCAGUUUGAAUAUUCAAAUUCCGUGGGAGGUCAGCGUGGUGCCCCGACCACGCACCAAGAGAGCUGCCCUGAUCGCUAUUGCCAACUGCGUGUCCUCUGUUUCUCACUGGUUCUCUCCCUACUUCUUCCUGACAUCCCAAGAGCCUCGGUACCAGACCGGAGGAGGUGUAAUCAUCCUAGGCUGCGGCCUCACGAUUAUCUUUUGCGUAGCCACACGGUGGUAUUGCCAGAAGAAGAACAAGGAAAUUGAGAAGGAGCAAGAGCAGACUGGUGUUGUCAACAACUGGAGAUACGUCACAUAA